AUGGCCGAUUCGUACGAAAACGACGAGGACGUCCUCCAAAUGAUACAGCAAAUAAAAAAAAUAACAAAGGAGAGUAAACGCAAGUUCGAAAACGAAAUCGAUUACUUGGUGGAAGACACCAAGUCCAAUCUGCUCACUCAUGUUGAUGAAGAAAAAAAUAGUAUUAAAAAGGAAGCGGAGGAGAAGCUAAACAACUACCGAGAAAACCUCAUAAAAUAUGAGAAGGGCAUAAAUGAGAAGAGGCGCCAUUACCUCAAGCUGAAGUCCGACCUGGCCACCGUGGUGAAUAACUACAAGAAGAGGAUGAAGGACUUCAACAUGGAGACGGAAAACUUCAAGCAAACGUACGAGCGCGACAAAAAAGAGUUAGAGGACCUGGAGGACAGGGAGUGGUCCGAACUUAACACUCACUGCGUCGAGCUUUUAAGCAAAACCAAAUCGAAUAUGUGCGCCACGAAAAAUGAAACGAAUAAAAAGCUUAGAAAGAUCGUCUUUUUCUUACGCGAAGUUAAACGGAUUUCAACUAUGGUUUUCCCCUUAACGUUGCUGAAGUGCUCGCAGAAUCAGCCGGUGAUGGUGGAGCUGAAAAAUGGAGAAACAUACAGUGGCUUCCUCGUGUUUUGCGAUCGCUUUAUGAAUUUACACAUGAAAAAUAUAAUAUGCACGUCAAAGGAUGGGGACAAAUUUUGGAAAAUCUCUGAAUGUUACGUCAGGGGGAAUAGCGUUAAAUAUAUUCGAGUUCAGGAUGAGGCCAUUGAUCAAGCCAUAGAGGAAACCAACGAACAAAAAGCGAGAAAUAUUGGCAGAGGCAGGGGAGGAAGAGGUAGGGGACGUGGGCCUGGCAGGGGCACAGACAACAGGGGUGGAAGAGGAGGCCAAAUGCGAGGAGGAAGAAGGGGAUUCUAA